AUGUCUGAUGACGCCACUAGCGUUUCUCCUAAAGCAGGACUAAACUACGUGUAUUCACCUUUUUAUCUUCUUAGUGACACUAGUGAAGAUGACAAUAUAAAUGAAUAUAUCGACCUAUCGGAACUUAAACUCUAUCCAAAAAUGCUAAAUCUUGUUAAAAAUAAAGAUAAGGAAACAUUAGAAAUAGUGGAAAGGGUAAUGAAAAAAAAUGAAUCCGAAAAAUUAGAAAUAGUGGAAAGAAUCAUUAAAAGGGAAGAAACAGAAAAACGAGCCAUUAUUGAAAGGAGAGAGGCGUCAUUACAAUUAGAAAGUAUAUGUGGAAUCAGAGGUGGAUUGGAAUUUAUUUUAUCUAAAAAUAACAAUUCUUCUUUUGAAGAACCUAUUGAUAAAGUUCUUUCAUAUUUAUCAAAGGACAAAGAUUUCACUGAUUUUUUAGAAACAUCUUGCCGAAAAAACCAUCUUAAAUUAGAAGAUGUAAAAAAAUGUAUAGGAGGGCUCUAUCAUACAGCUUCGAAGCAUCUACAUGGACAUGGAAAUAUUGUUAUUAAUGAACAGUCGUGGUCGACCAAUGAGAUUUUUUCGUUGGCAGUUAUCUUCGAAUAUUACGAAGUUCCCUGGACUUAUUCUGGGAAUUUUCCUUUCAAAAUCGGUCAAUAA